AUGAGAUGUUUCAUCCUGCUAGUUACACUGCUUGUAUGUUUUAUAAAAUGUAAUGUAAUAAGAAAAUACUCUUAUAUAGGAAAACAUCCACAUUAUAAAUUAGCCACAGGAUCCACAAACAAACAUAUAAAUGGAAAUGGAAUUGUAAACAGAAUUGUGAGCGGAAUUGUAAAUGGAAGUAGUAAUAGUAAUAUUAAUUUAAAUAGGUAUAGAAAUAGAAAUAUAUGUAGAUAUAAAAAUAAAAGGGUAUAUAAUAACGGGAAUGACCUUUUUAAAUAUUUUACCACCUUAGUUAAUGAAGACAUAGAAAAACAUAAAGAAGAAAAGAAAAAAAGAAGGAACUAUUCCGUUACUUAUAUACAGAAAUUACCUAAAAAGAACAUUUUGCUGAAAAGAUGGAAAUAUGAUUUAUUUGAAAAGAUUAAAGAAAAAAUGAAAAGAGAUGAAGAGUUAAAAAAAAGGACAAAGUUAUGUAGAUAUAAAUAUAAAUUACCUAUUGAUUUUUUUAAAUUGGGGGAUGAGCUAAGAGGUAAAGUUGUUCAAAUACACGACCACUUAAUUAAAGUAGAUGUUAACUCAAUACAUUUUGCUCAUUUGUAUAUUAAAAGAUACUUUGAUGAAAAAGCACAAAUAAGGAAAAAGUAUGAAAUAGGAAAAUACAUUGAUGUCGUUAUAUGUUACAUUCAUAAGAAAAACAACAUCAUACAAGUUACAGAUAAUGAACAGGAAAUAAAAGAUUUGAGGACAAAUUUACAAAAAUUGAAGGAGGUUUGUCAUUUAGGAGAGCCAACUAAGGAGGGAAAUGAACAGAGUAGCAGGCAGGAAAAUAACGAUAAUUAUGGGGGGGGAUGUACAGAUGAAAAAACAGAUGACGAGUUGAAUGCUGAAUCGGAUGAAGAAUCGGAUGAAGAAUCGGAUAACGAAUCGUAUGAAGAAUCGGAUAUCGAAUCGUAUGAAGAAUCGGAUAACGAAUCGUAUGAAGAAUCGGAUAACGAAUCGUAUGAAGAAUCGGAUAACGAAUCGUAUGAAGAAUCGGAUGACGAAUCGUAUGAAGAAUCGGAUAACGAAUCGUAUGACGCAGAAGGUAAAGACAAUCAUGAACUCAGAAAUGCAGGGGGCACGUUGCACAACGAGGUGCACCAGGGUGAAAUAAAAAAGGGCGCUAAGUAUGUGUAUGACACAGACAAAAUUAAAAAAGAGUUAGGAGUAAAUUUCCGAACAAACGAAGAGACAAACGAUUUGAUGUAUAUUAAGGAAGAAAAAAUAGAUGAGAAAAAAAAAAAUAUCACAGAGUAUAAAAUAGAAGAUGAAGUUGAUGGGGUUGUGAAAUUCAUAAAUGAAGAAGGAGCAUACAUAGAUAUUGGGUGUAAAACGCUUGCCUUUUUUAAUUUAGGACAUUAUAAUAAAGAUCCCAAUCAUUUUUUUUCACACAAGAAAAAAAAAAGAAUAGAAAUUAAUGAUCAUUUAAAAAAUUUGAAAAUACGAAAAAUAGAUGUAUUAAAUAAUAGAAUAGAAGUUAGUAUGUACAAUCUACGAGAGGAAGCUUGUUUGCGAAUUGUAAAUCAACAAGAAACAUUAAAAGAACAAAAUAAAUAUAUUCCUUGUUCAUCUUUUAUUACUCAUAAUUAUCAUAUGAUUAACUAUAUUAAAAAAUAUAAUGAAUUAAAAAAAAAAAAAAAAAAUGUAUAUAAUUUAUUUGAAAAAGAGGAACAGCUAAGUAAAUUGCAGAAAGUUACCCAUUUAAAAAAAAGUCAGAUAACUCCAUUUAUUUUAAGUUACAAUGCAUUAUCAUCUCCUAAUACUAAUUACCAAGAUAUGUUAGAUCAAAAUAAAGAUAAUGAAGAAUUUUUAAAAGAAAUUGGUGCCAUUCCAGCUAGCCAAGAUCAGGGUGACACCAUGAAUUUAGAUGUAUUGAGAAAGAAAAAUAAGACAUUAAAAGAAGAAAUAGAUAAUUUUAGAAAAUUUUGUCAUGAAACCGAUGAAAAUGAAAAUCAUCAAAAAGAAGAAGAAGCAAAAAUACAAAAUAAAAUUGCAUAUAAUGUAAAUAAUUUUCUAAGUGGGCAUUCCUUGUCUUUUAAUGACUUGUUAGAGGAAGAGCAACAAAAUGAAGAAGACAGUCAAGACCCACGAUUGGCUGAUACAAAUAUGCAUGCAGAACAUGAUGAGCAGGAAGACGAUGAUUUAUUCCAUUUUGCGAAUAAUCGAAGUAGUGGUAAAAUUGAUCGCUAUGGAAAUUCAUUAGUAGAAGGCAACAAAGGGACUCUGUUGUACCUAAAAAAAAAUUUGCCUCAAAUAAAACGAAGUGUAUUGGAAAAAUAUAGUACAAAUAAUCUUAAUUGCAAGAAAAAAAAUAAAAUUUCGCAUGAAUUUUCUAGUGAAUUGUUAAAUGCGGGGGAGAAGCAGCAGAUGGGAGGAAAUCCUUACCUAGUAGAGGGAGCAACAAAUAGUCGAGGAUUCCAAAAUGAGUUUAGCAGGAAUAGGGGAAAACAUUUUGAUCAGAAGGACAAGGAAAAAUAUGAUGGUGGAAAGGAUGAGGAGAAUUAUGAUGAAGAUAAAAAAUAUGAGGGUGACAAAUAUGAUGAGGAUGAGAAUUACGAUGAGGAUGAGAAUUACGAUGGGGAUGAGAAUUAUGAUGAGGAUGAGAAUUACGAUGAGGAUGAGAAUUAUGAUGAGGACGAUAAUUAUGAAGAUGAAGCAGAAAAGGACCCCUUUGGAAAGAAAAACACCAUGAAAGACCGCUUAUAUGUAGAUGAAAAGAAAGAAAGAAAGAAGGAAAAAAAAAAGAAAAAAAAAGACAUAUUUGCGGACAAUGAAGAUAUAGAUGAAGAUCUUCUACCUAAUGAUGGAGGACGGGGAAUACAUGGAAAUAGCGGAACGGAAGACUAUAAGGAAAACGAUAAUAAAGAUGAAAAUAAUGAAUCAUUUUUUAAUGUAAAAAAGAAUUUGAAAUAUAUUUUGAAACAAAAAUUAAACAUGAAUUUAACAAAUGAUAGGGAAAAAUGCAUAGAAGAAGCAUCAAAACUGUUUGGUGAAGAUAUAAGAACAUGGGACGAAAAAAUGUAUUAUUAUUUUGGAAGCAAAGAAAGUGUAUCUCUAGACAAUUUGUCUAUUUAUGAUGAUGAUGAGUUCAAAAAUAACAUAAUGGAUAAGCCGACAGAUCAAUUUAGCGAAUAUGACAAAAUAUUGGAUUCAGAAAAUUGGCACAUAUAUAAUGAAAAAAAUUUUUUAGGUGCAAAGUAUGGAGAAGAGGGUGGCGAUGAUAUGACUAGCAAUAAGUACAAAGUAUAUAGUAGUAAUAAUGCUGACAGUUGUAGUGUCAAUAAGGCAGAUGAAAGAAACAGCAAUGCAAGGGAAGAGGACUCGAAUUAUUACUCACCUAAGACUAAUGUAAAAGAAAAAACAGAAGAAGGAAACGUUUGUCAACAGAAGGAUGUUACUUCCAUUUCUAGCCAUGCAAACAACAAACAAGAUGAUGAGUAUGAGGAGGAUAUUGAAGAUUACAUAAACACCUUUGUAAAUGACGAAAAUGGCGAAGAGAAAGAGAGGGACAAAAAUGACAAAAAUGACAAAAAUAACAAAAUUGACCAAAAGGACAAAAAUGUGCAGGAGAAACAUACUCAAAUAAUUGAACAUGUUCUGAAUCUACAAAGAAAAAAAAAAGACCAACGAGACCCCUCAAACCAAAGCACAGAAGGAAACGCUUUAAAUCGGAACAAUUAUAUUAAGCAAAUAGAAAAAAAUCAUAUGAAUGACUUUACAGAGAAUAUUGAAAAGUUAGGAAGCGAUAAAGAGGAAGAUAAUAAGUCCAUAAACUCAAACGAAAUAAACGUUGGCGACAUUGUCAACAAAGCUAUAAACAUUGGAAACAUAUUUAAAAAGAAUAGGAUAACAAAAUUACUAAAACAGAAGAAGUCAGAGCUUAAGAAUUCUAACAGUGAUGAUAGUGAGAGCAUUUCAGGUAGUAAUUUAAAUGAUUCAACGAGCAGAUCCAUUUUCAGAAUAAAUAAAGCCAUAAAAUGGAAUGAAAAGCAAAAUCCUUUGGAAUUAAACGAAAAUGAAAAAUAUGAAAAAAAUCGUAAUGAAGACUUUGAAAAUGGUAAUAACAAGGACCAGUGCAAUGAACUAAAGGCAUAUAAGAAUGCAUCAUACGAGGUGCAAGGCUAUUACAAGAGAAAAAGAAAAAUGAGAAGUAUUCAAGAUUUAGAGGAUAUUGAGUCAGAGAAGGAAGAAGAUAUUGUUUUAAAUGAUGAAGAUUUCGUCAAUAAACCAUGUGACAGUGGUAGUAGUGGAAGUAAUGGUAGUGAUAGUAGUAGUAGCAGCAGCUGCCGUGGUAGAAGCAAAGAGAGUGCUCAUUAUUCGUAUGAAGAUAAUAAUUCAUGCUUAAAAUUAGACGAUAAAAAGGACUUAUUACUUUUGCACGGACAGUAUGAUAAAAUAAUAGAAGAUAACUAUUUGGAAAGAAUUCUAGAAAAAGAAAAAAUUUACAACAAAAAUGUUGCAAAAGAAAUUGAUUUAUUAAUAGAAAGUUUUAGAUAUGUGAAAGUACAUCCAGAUAAGUUAAUUGAAUAUUUUUAUAAUGAGAAGAAAAAGAAUUCUACGGCAACAAUAGCUGAUGCUAGUUGUAGCAAAAGUAUAAGUGCAGGAAAGAAGCAUAGUGAUGAUAUAAACAAUUCAAACAACAUGUUCAAUGAAGGCAUUAGCGAUAUAAAUGAAUCAGACCUUUAUAUGAAUACUACAAAAAAGGGUAAUAAUAAUAAUGGUAUUACAAAAUUAAAAAAUCUUUUAGAAAGUAAUAUAAAUAAUGCUAUGUCAGAUGAAAGUGUCGCUUUAAAAAUGUGGUCAUUAAAAUUAGGUCUUCUUAAACACAGCGAUAUGCAUUUAAAUGAUGAAGAAUUAAUUAAUUAUUUUGUUAAAAAUCAAAAAUUUAGAAGAGUAUUAAAAUUUUAUAAUGUAAGUACAAAGAAUAUAACUAUUCCGCUUAUUUACAAAAUUACAAAAUUGCUCUACUUUGAGAGACCCUUUCCCACUAAGGAGAAAAAACAUAAGCUAUACUUAAACUAA